UUCUUCCUGCGGUCGGCGACGGAUCUAGGGUUUUCGGUCUCGGCGAUGAAGCGAUCCUGAAGUCCGAAGCGGAUCGGAUCCCGUCGGUGGAUCGUCGAUCGUUUGAAGCCUCCUGAUCGAGUUCUGCGCUGCUCGUCGUGUCGGUGGAUCUUUUGGGGGUGGUUUCUUGGAUUCUCUCUUCAGAUCGGUGGCUGUUGAAGGCGGUUCCUUUGAUUUCGUCAAUUGGAUUGGUGGAUCUUUGCGUUGAUCGUGCGGUUUCUUCAAUUGGAUCGCUCGAUCUCAGGGGGGAUCUAGGGUUUCUGGAAGAGAGCGUGGUCUGCUUCUUCUUCGAGGAUAAAGAAAAGAGAUAAAUAGUUGUAUUCUGUUUGUUCUAGUUUGAUAUAAGGCCUGCUUUUAUCCCAGGCCUUCUAUCUAUUCUAUUAUUCUGCUCAAUUUUAAGGGAAAAAACAAAGUUAUUUCUGUGGUUUAGUACUUUUUAUUGCGAUUUAGAUUAGUAGGGGAAAUUUUGGAGAGGAGAAAAAAAAUGGCUGUCUACUAUAAGUUCAAAAGUGCUAAGGACUAUGAUUCUAUUCUGAUUGAGGGGCAAUUUAUCUCUGUUGGUAAUCUGAAAGAACGGAUUUUUGAAUCUAAGCAUUUGGGGAGGGGAACUGAUUUCGACCUAAUGAUCUCCAAUGCUCAGACCAAUGAAGAGUAUGUUGAUGAGGCUGCAAUGAUUCCUAAAAAUACUUCGGUGUUGAUUCGUCGUGUCCCAGGAUGUCCUCGGAUGCCUAUUGUUACUGAACCAGACGAGUAUUGUCUCGCACCUCAAUUCUGAUUUUUAGAUGAGAUACUUUCUAUCAUUAGUCUGUAUUCUUCAUAAGAGAUUUUAGGGCUGAGUAAU